CCGAUCAAGAACAACAUGGCGGCCAACAUGGCGAUUUGUCACAUUAAGAAGAAUCUAACAGCUUUGAGGCAAUAUCCUCGCGUAGCUUUGAACAACAUAAGAGAUUUACCUGAAGCAUUCAAAGCGCAACACCGUAAAGGACGUGGUAGAGGAUCUGGACGUGGAAAGACUUCUGGACGUGGCCACAAAGGACAGGGUCAACGAAAUACAAAACCUAGGCUUGGAUUUGAAGGAGGCCAAACACCUCUCUAUCUUCGUGUCCCAAAGCAUGGCUUCAAAAACAUAUACAAAAUGCAUUAUAGACCUCUGAACUUAAACCGCCUUCAGUUCUUCAUAGACAGUGGCCGUCUCAACCCCAAUGCUCCCAUCACCAUGUAUCAUCUUUGGAGAUCAGGAGUUACUGGUGGAAGAAUAAAGGAUGGGGUUGUAUUGCUGGGAGGGGGUACAACUUGGUUCCAAGCUAAAGUUGAUAUCGAGGUUAGCAAAGCAUCAAAAACUGCUAUAAAAGCCAUUGAACGACAGGGUGGAAAAAUCACAUGUGCUUAUUACAACAAACUGGGCCUUCGUUUGUUACUUAAACCAGAAAAGUUUGAAGGGAAAAGGAUUCCAAGAAGAGCUCGUCCUAAUACAAAGUUAAUGGAAUAUUACACAAGUGUUGAGAACAGAGGAUACCUGGCAGAUCCUGAUGAACUUGAAAAGGCCAGGCAACUUACUUACAAACUUGAAAAUGAAGUGGAUUAAUGCAGAAUGGACUUACUUGUAGUGGGGCCUUAAUAGGGUCAGUAAAUGACGUUUUACAUCAUCAAAUAAUAUGUGAACACUAGUUACAUGUAAAUAAUAAAUAACGUUCUCUUCCACAUAUCCCAUAUGGCCUGUAGGAGCUUUACGGCAAAAUUUGAUAUUGACUUCCCUUCUCUCUCACUGUGUGGAAUUUUCAAAUACAGAUCCAGGGAGACAUGAGCAUUAGCGUGAUAAGUACUUUUUGAUCGAGGGUCGUGAACCAAUACCAUAGUAAACAAAAUUUUUAAUCAGACCAAAAGCAAAUAUCAGAAGCUACCAAUGGGACUUCAAAGUUAUUCCCGUAACUAGCCGCAAGUAUGCAGGAAAACACAAGUGACUUAGUUUUAGUUUAUAUCUGAUUGGUUGAGA